GGAAAAAACCUUUAUACGGGUCGUCGACGGCGAUGCAGAUACAUCACACUUGUACUUUCAGCUACCGUUCAAUUUUCUAAUCUCUUUUGUAAUUUCCAGUACAAUAACAUUGGUCACUAUUCUCCUGGUUUACGCGUUUUCUUGGAUCUAUAUAUAGAUAGAUAAACACUAAACUUGUUUCCUCGACCAUUGUGAUACUUUCAUCAACCUCUCUUUCAUUCUUUCCUUUCUUACUCUCAUGGCGUCUUCUUCUUCUGCCGUAAAUAUAUUCCAUGUCUUCACCAGCUUUCACGGCCCAGAUGUCCGUCGAGGAUUUCUCAGUCACUUACAGUAUUACUUUGAAACCAAAGGGAUCAAAAUGUUCAAAGACCAGAAGAUCGACAGAGGCUAUUCCAUCAAACCUGAACUCUUUAAAGCAAUUGGAGAAUCCAGGGUCUGCCUCGUUCUCCUCUCCAAGAACUACGCUUCUUCGGGCUGGUGUUUAGACGAAUUGGCUGAAAUCAUGAGAUGCAGAGAGACUUCAGGGAAGAUUGUGAUGACGAUAUUUUACGAAGUUGAUCCGUCCAGUGUUCGAAAACAGAAGGGAGACUUCGGGAGCACUUUCAUGAAAACUUGUCAAGGGAAAGAUGAGGAAGUGAAGGAGAGAUGGAGCAAAGCCUUGACUGAUGUGGCAAACAUUGAAGGAGAACAUUCUGACAAUUGGCCAACCGAAGCAGAGAUGAUCCAGCAGAUUGCUAUAGAUGUUUCAAACAAACUGAAUCUUACUCCUUCAAGGGAUUUUGAUGGGAUGGUUGGACUUGAAGCUCACUUGACAAGUCUGAAGUCUUUGUUAUGCCUGGAGUGUGACGAUGUGAAGAUGAUUGGAAUCUGGGGUCCUGCUGGAAUUGGUAAGACUACCAUUGCUCGAGCUUUAUACGAACAACCCUCUAGCAGUUUUAGUUUUAAAUGUUUUAUGGAGGAUCUUAAGGGAAUUUAUAAGAGCAAUGGUAACUAUGAUUCCAAAUUGGGUUUGCAAAGACUACUUCUGUCUAGGAUUUUGAACGAUAGUGAUAUAAAGGUACAUCAUCUAGGUGCAAUAAAACAUUGGCUACAUAAUCAAAGAGUGCUUAUCAUUCUUGAUGAUGUAGAUGAUCUAGAGAUACUAGAUGUGUUGGCCAAAGAACUUUCUUGGUUUGGUCCUGGGAGUAGGAUCAUUGUUACCACAGAAGAUAGACAGAUUUUGAGAGCACAUGGGAUCGAUGAUAUCUACAGUGUGGAUUUUCCAUCGGAAGAAGAAGCUCGUGAGAUCUUAUGUUUAUCUGCUUUCAAGGGAGCCUCUGUACGAGAUGGUUUUGAAGAGCUUGUAGAUAAGGUAGCAGGGUUUUGUAGUAAUCUUCCAUUAGGCCUUGCUGUUGUGGGUUCGUCUUUGCGUGGGGAGAGCAAGACCGACUGGGAACGUCAGUUAUCUAAGAUCGAAACUGGUCUCGAUAGAAAAAUUGAAGAUGUGUUAAGAGUGGGUUAUGACAGAUUGUCCAAGAAAGAUCAAGCUCUGUUUCUCCACAUUGCAUGCUUCUUUUUCUUCCACGAGGAUGUUGAUCGUUUGACAACCAUGCUCGCUCACAGUAACUUGAAUGUUGGAAAUGGGCUUAAGACCUUAGAGGAGAAGUCUAUGGUGCAUCGAUCUUUUUAUAGAGAGAUAGUGAUGCACUCUCUACUUCAAAAUUUGGGUAGACAAAUAGUUGUCGAACAGUCUGAGGAGCCCGGGAAACGUCAGUUUUUAAUAGAGCCCAAAGAUAUUUCUAAUGUACUGGCGAAUAACACAGGUACUGAAUCUCUUAUAGGUAUAAAAUUUGAUAUGAGUAACAUGGAGAAGUUUAGUAUAAGUGAGGGAGCCUUUGAAGGAAUGAGCAGUCUCCAGUUCUUACAGAUUUACUCACAACUGGGCCAGCAAAACGAAAAUGUUAGCUGCCUACGCAUACAGGAGGACUUGAAAUAUCUACCUCGUCUAAGGUUACUAAAUUGGGAUUUUUACCCGGGAAAACGUCUUCCUCCAACAUUUCAGCCGGAACGUCUUGUUGAACUCGGUCUGCAAUUUAGCAAUCUCGAGAAGCUCUGGGAUGGAAUACAGCCACUUGCAAAUCUCAAGAAGAUGGAUUUGAACUUCUCCUAUAGGUUGAAAGAAAUCCCAAAUCUUUCAAAGGCUACUAAUCUUGAGACGCUGUUACUUUCUUCUUGCUCAAGUUUGGUGGAGCUUCCCUCCUCUAUCAAGAAUCUACACAAACUGAAAAAGUUGAAGAUGAAGAGCUGCAAAAAGCUACGACUUAUUCCCACAAACAUCAACUUAAUAUCGCUUAAGGGAGUCGACAUGGAUUAUUGCUCGCAAUUGGAAACUUUUCCAGAUAUCUCGCGGAACAUCAAGACUCUCAGCGCAAGAGACACAAAGAUAAAAGACGUCCCUGCAUCAGUUGUUGGACGUUGGUCUCGUUGUCGGAAGCUUGAGAUAAGCCUCGAGAGAUUAACACAUGUCCCACAAGGUGUAACGAAGCUAGACCUAAUCAACAGUGCCAUAAAGAGGAUUCCAGAGUGCAUCACUGGUCUCUCGCAUCUAGUGGAUCUCAUCGUCGAAAACUGCACAAACCUCGGGUCAAUUCCGGCUCUUCCCCCUUCGCUCAAGUCCCUGAAUGCAAACAGUUGUGUAUCACUCAAGACAGUAGAUUGCUCUUUCCACAACCCAGUCAAUGUCCUCACGUUCUACAACUGUGUGGAACUGGAUGAAGAUGCAAGAAGAGGAAUCAUACAACAAUCGGUUCAGGAGUAUCUAUGCUUACCAGGUAAAGAAGUCCCUGCAGAGUUCACUUACAAAGCCACAGGAAAGUCCAUAACCAUCCCUCUGGCUCCCGGUGGUGAGGGAGCUUUCUCAGCUUCCUCAAGAUUUAAGGCUUGCUUCCUGCUUUCACCAAUCAAGAACCACCGAUUUCUUUCUAUAAGUUGUCGUCUAAGAGGCAAAGGAGGUGUCGAAAUUAACAGCUUUUCCAGUGGUGCACGGCUUGGCGAUCUGUCUCCUCUAUCAGAGCAUCUGUUUAUAUUUCAUGGUGACUUGUUUGAUCGACCAAACAGGCACCAUGAAGUCGAAGUGGCAGCAAGCGAAAUUUCAUUUGAGUUCAGCUGCAGGUCCAACGAUGACAAGAUUAUUGAGUGUGGUGUACAAAUCUUGACGGAGGAAGCUGAGGGUAGCAGCAGCGAAAGAGAAUUAGAGAACUUUGAAACUGAGACUAACAUCACCGAUGGUGGCUAUGGCAGCGACGAUGGUGGCUAUGAAUUAGUAUCGAUGCUUCUCUCUGUAUGUAAAGGCACUAAAAUGCAGAAGGCUGAGGGUAUUCUCGCUCUAUGUAAAUACGUUAAAAUGCAGGAUGGUGAUGAGGGCAGCAGCAGCAGCAGCGAAGUGGAAAACUUUGAAGAGGAAAAAGAGAUGAUUAACUCAAUAUUUGAAUACCUUAAAAAGAAGGAAGUGGAAAACAUUCAAAAUGAGGGUAACAGUUUCGACGCGAGCGAUGAAUUAGUACUAUCGUUGACUUUCUCUGUAUGUCAAUACAUUGAAAAGAAGGAAGCUGAGGGUAGCAGCGAAGUGAACAGCAGCAACGCCAGCAAGGAAUUAGUACUAGCUAUGCUUUACUUGGUAGGUAAAUACAUUGAAAAGAAGGAAGCUGAGGGUAGCAGCAGCGAAGUGAACAACGGCCACGAGAGCAAUGAAAUAGUACUAAAAAGGAUUGUUUUCUCUCUACUUAUAUACAUUAAAGUGAAGGAGGUUGACGGUAGCAGCAGCAUCAACAGGGGCGAUGCGAGCAAGGAAUUAGUACUACCGGUUUUUCUCUAUCUAUGUGAAUACAUUAAAAAGAAGGAAGCUGAGGGUAACAGUAGCAACAACCAAGUGAACAAUGGCGAUGCGAGCAAUGAAUUACUACUAGCGAUGAUUCUCUCUGCAAGUGAAAAAAUUGAAACGCAGGAAGCUGAGGUUAUUCUCUCUCAGUGUGAAGACAUUAUAAAGGAGGAUGCUGAAGGUAGCAGCAGCAGCAACAGCGAAGUGAAUAGCGACCAUGCGAGCAAUAAAUUAGUACUAUCGAUUAUUCUCCGUGUAUUUCAAUACAUUAUAAAGAAGGAAGCAGAAGGUACCAGUAGCAAAAGAGAAGAGGAAAACCAGAGUGACGGAGCCUUUAAAGUCUCUAUAGACGAAAACGUCGUCAAAACCAAUAAGCAUACAAAUUGGUUGAGUGGACUUAAGAAGCUAGUUGGUCUGAAGAAGAAGAAGAAUAAGCCGGAAGAACUUUUAGAUCCAUAAGCAUUUUGUAGUUUAAGCUGAUAUUCAUGUUGAUCCAUAUGUUGUCAUUGUACUAUGUUGUGUAUUCAGAUAAUUGUAGUAUAGCUCUGUCUCAAAGUUCGGUA